CAUUCAAACAGUACAGAAGCAGACAAGUACAAUCUCUACACACAUAUUUUAAUUCACUGUUCCCUAAGGGUAACUGCUGUUAACAUUUUAAUAUGAAUCCUUCCAGACCUUUUUCUAUGCAUCCUCUAAUAGAGGAUUUUUGCUGAUUUUUAUAUUAAAAAAGGGGAGGAAUCAUAUUGUAUUUAUUCUGAACCUUUUAUUUUUUCCAUGUAACAAUAUAUGUCGGAAGGUGUGCCUUAUCAAUAAACACAGUUAGCUCAUUCUUUUUAAGAGUUAUACAGUAGUUCAUAGUACAAAUGCAAAUAUUUAUGACACUCAAACUAUCACUAUCAUAAAUAAUGGUUCAGUGAACAUCUUCUGCAUCUUUAUGCACAGGUGCCAGAUUUCUGGAAAUGCUUGCAAGGCCUAAGGGAACACAUUUAAAACUUUGCUCAUUACAUCGGACAGCGGGAGGACAGGCAUAGGCCAGGCAGCCCUGCUUUGUGAAGGCUCUCAGUGUGCCACGAUGCCCAAGAGGAAGGUCAGCUCCACCGAGGGUGUGGAGGAGGAGCCAAAGAGGCAAUCGGCAAGGUUGUCAGCUAAACCAGCUCCCGCAAAAGUGGAAACAAAGCCAAUAAAGGCGGCAGGAAAGGCUAAAUCUUCAGACAAGAAAGUGAAAACAAAAGGGAAAAGGGGAGCAAAGGAAAAGCAGGCCAAAGUGGCCAACCAGGAAACUAAAGAUUUACCUGCAGAAAACGGAGAAACUAAAAAUGAGGAGAGUCCAGCCUUUGAUGAAGCAGAAGAGAAAGAAGCCAAGCCUGAUUAAUAUCAUACAUACACCAUGUCCUAUCAGUGGUCCCUGUCUCCCUUCUUGUACAAUCCAGAGGAAUAUUUUUAUCAAGUAUUUUGUAAAUGCAAGUAUUUUGGUAGCCCUAGAAACAUUUUUAAGAAGGAGGGAAUCCCACCUCAUCCCAUUUUUUAAAAGGCGAAAUCAUUUGCUGAUUGUUUAUUUUUUGGUACAACCAGAAAAUAGUGGGAUAUUGAAUAUAGGAGGCUUUGAUUGUCUUGGGUGUCAGCUUAACAUUCCACAAUGGGGGUAGUUUUUACAUCCUGUAAUAUAAACAUCCUAAAUGGCAAUUUGGAGUCAGUCAUGCAUUUAACGUAUCUUAAACAUUUUAAAUUACUUCUACUCCUGUGUUGUUUUUGGUAGGUUUCCUAAAGAAAACCACUCCUUGAUCUUGGCUCUCCCUGUCAGAAUUUUGUGCACUCUGCAAUAUCUUUGGUCAUGGCAGUCCAAUUUUCCUAAUAACUUUGUUAAUAUGCUGUGAAAGAUUGAAAAUUUGCAUAUGUACUGUGCAUGGUAUGAAGUUGUGAAUUAGUGAAACUUAAUAAUGUAACAGCAUAUCAACAUUUGAAGAUAAUGGUACUUGAUAUCCUAUUAAGGAAGAUCUACCUCCAAAGUUUAAGCUGGAAAGUCACUGGAAUAACUGUUGAGAAAAAAAUCACAACUACAUGAUUUUCUAGAUAAUUGGUACAUACAUUAAGAAUUGUGUACAAAUUGAAAUGUCUGUGUACUAACCCUCAAAACAAAUAAAAUCUCACUCUAAAAGAAAAAAAAGUUUUUUGCUCAUUACCCUUCAAGAAGGUUAUU